AUGGAACCAAGACUCGGUAUAUCGGUGGAAGAGAGUUCUCCUACAAUCAAUAAAUCCAAUUGUCUUGCGAGACAACAAAAUGACAAUGAAUGCUUUUUACCACCUCUUCCUUCUAUUGAGCAAAUGCGAAUGGAUGUUGCCAAUGCCACAAGUGAACUUCAACAGGCCUUUUUCCAAAAUCAAAAGCACAAUCUGGAUCCGGAAGUUGAAUGGCAUAAGGGUGGGGAAAAUGCAUUAGAUGACUUGAAGAAAAAUCAGCUGGAAAGGAUUGACGAUUCAAGGCCAAGGACACAAGAAGAGACCGUGUGUGAAGAACUAAUAAUUAAUGGGAAGAAGUACAGACACACCUUCCAAAAAAGAGUUGUUCUUGAGAGCCAGAAGACCCGUGAGAUUUUCAUAUUGCCUGCUAGUUCUGAUAGCACAAGACCUAUUGAAAAUUCACCACUUAAAGACAACUAUGCCUCUUCGAACUUUGAUCGAUACCAUCGGGCAUUUGAGGAGAACGGGGCCCGUCUGGAUUUGCAGGUACAUAACCAAGAGGGAGAUUUCAGCCCAAUGCUUGUGGUAGCUCCGCAUGGAGAAUCACCAGAUGGUCCUAGGUCUCCAUCGAUUGGAAUGUGUAGAAGUUCGGAGAGUAAGGAACAGAGUUGUCAAGAUUCCGUCUCCCCUACGCUGUCUCGAGAAGAGACUGGUAACUCCUGUGAUAAUCCGCUUGGUAAGAUUACGCUUUAG